ACUAAGGCCAAUCCAGUUCCAAUUCCUAAGUAACCCAUCCGCCAUGAAUUUGUCCCUCGACAGUUACCUUCCCACUAAUUCCAUAUGGUAGUUGCACACCUCAAUCAUAUACAUCCUUCCUUCAUUAAAUUACAUACUUUUUUUUCUUUCAAAAGCAACAGAAAACUCCUCCACAGGAAUAAAAUAAUAACUAGUACUACAUAAUACAUUUUGAUUCGAUUCCCAUUUUGCCAGUGUCAAAUCCAAAUGCUCGGCGGUUCAAUUUCCGGUGGCCGUAAUAACGUCCGUGUUGUCGUCGUCGGCGAUCGUGCUACCGGCAAAUCAAGCCUCAUUACCGCUGCCGCCAGUGAAACUUUCCCGGAGGAAGUCCCGCCGGUUCUUCCUCCGACUCGACUUUCUGCCGAUCUCUAUCCUGAUAAUGUUCCUGUUACCAUCAUUGAUACUUCCUCAAGUUUGGAGAGCAGAGGUAAGGUUGCUGAAGAAUUGAAGCGAGCUGAUGCUGUUGUUCUCACCUAUGCUUGCGAUCAGCCUUCUACACUCAAUCGCUUGACUACUUUCUGGCUUUUCGAGUUUCGUCGCUUAGAGAUCAAGGUGCCGGUAAUUGUUGUUGGCUGUAAGCUAGAUAAGAGAGAUGAGGAGCAUCAUAUGAAUCUUGAGCAAGUGAUGGCUCCAAUCAUGCAACGGUUCCGCGAGAUUGAGACUUGCAUAGAAUGUUCUGCUGCAAACCUAGUUCAGGUACCUGAAGUGUUCUAUUAUGCUCAGAAAGCUGUACUUCAUCCAACAGCUCCACUCUUUGAUCAUGAAACCCAGGCUCUUAAACCCCGUUGUGUUAGAGCACUCAAACGGAUAUUUAUCCUUUGUGAUCAUGACAUGGAUGAUGCUCUUAAUGAUGAAGAGCUUAAUGAAUUUCAGAUUAAGUGCUUCAAUGCUCCCCUGCAGCCUGCUGAAAUAGUGGGUGUCAAAAGAGUAGUUCAGGAGAAGCUACCUCAAGGUGUAAAUGACCUGGGGCUUACAUUGACAGGGUUUCUUUUUCUUCAUGCACUUUUUAUAGAGAAAGGUCGACUUGAGACCACGUGGACCGUGUUAAGAAAAUUUGGGUACAACGAUGAAAUUAAGCUGAAGGAUGAUCACCUCACUAUACCGUUCAAAAAAGCUCCUGAUCAGAGUCUGGAACUGACCAGCGAAGCAGUGGAGUUCUUGAAAGGGGUAUUCAGUACAUUUGACACAGAUAAAGAUGGAGUUCUCAGAAAUUCUGAGCUUGAUGAUCUUUUUUCAACUGCACCAGAAAGUCCCUGGGGCGAAACUCCCUACAAGGAUGCUGUCGAAAGAACUCCACUGGGGGGCUUGUCUCUUUCUGCUUUCCUAUCUGAGUGGGCUCUUAUGACGUUGCUGGAACCAGCUCAAAGUUUGGCCAACUUGAUAUACAUUGGAUAUAACUGUGGUGCUGCAUCAGCACUCCGUCUUACCAGGAGAAAAUCAGUUGAUCGCAAGAAACAACAGACAGAUCGAAAUGUUUACCAGUGUUUUGUUUUUGGUCCUAAAGGAUCUGGCAAAUCGGCCUUGCUGAAGUCAUUGUUGGAAAGGCCUUUCUCAGAAAAUUAUGCAGCGACAACUGACGAGCACUAUGCUGUUAAUGUUGUUGACCGUCUUGGGGGAACUAAGAAAGCACUUGUACUUAGGGAGAUUCCAGAAGAUGAAGUUAAGAUGAUUCUAUCUACGAAGGAAUCUUUGGCAUCUUGUGAUGUAGCAGUGUUUGCAUAUGACAGCUCCGAUGAAUAUUCUUUAAAAAGAGCAUCAGAAUUGCUGAUGACUGUGGCAAGGCAAGGGGAAGUUAGUGGUUUCAUGGUGCCUUGCCUAUUUGUUGCUGCAAAAGAUGAUCUUGAUUCAUAUCCAAUGGCAAUAAAAGAUUCAGCAAAGAUAUGUCAGAAUUUUGGAAUAGAUGCACCAAUUCACAUAAGUGUGAAGGAGGGAGAUCUGAACAGCAUGUUCAAUAGAAUUGUCACUGCCGCAGAGCACCCUCAUUUAAGUGUUCCUGAAACUGAAGUUGGACGUAGCCAGAAACGAUACCGCCACCUUGUUAAUCGCUCUCUUAUGUUUACUUCAGUUGUGGCCGCUGUAGCCGUAGUUGGAUUGACAGCUUAUCGAUCAUAUGCCGCAAGGAAGAAUACCUCAAGCUAGGUGAUGUCCCAUGUCUACUCGAGAACUGAUAAUCGACUUUUUGACCUAAUAAGAAAAUUCUCCCGCUACUGCUUUCGUCUCUCUACCUGAGAAUUAGCUAAAUGUCCUUGUACAUAGUAUGCUCCCUAAGGUUAUUUCAGUUUUGUCUAUCUGGCUCUAUCCAUUUCCUGUUGAAAGUAUCAGCUAGGUGCCAUUUCCCUUCCAUACUUUGUUUUAGAAAAGCUCGGGGAAAACAAUCCUGGAAAGAGUUUAGUUGUUUGGAUUGAUUUUUUUCUGGAAA